AUGAAGGGUUCUAGCAAAGACAUUAUUGACACUGGACAAAUACCACCAUCAAGUGAAAUCUGUGAAACCUGUGAAACUUGUAAAAAAUGUGAAAAAAUUGAUAAUGGUGAAAAAGGUUCAAACUGCGAAAACUUUGUAGAUAAUAGUGGUGGUAGUAGUGGUGGUAGCAUAUUACCUUCAGGAGGUUAUAAUUCAAUGUUUCUACCUGUACAAGCGGAUUUUGAUCGUGGAAAAAUUUCCAAUAUAACGAGUUCAUUUAUGGAUUCCUCACAGAUUUCAAAUCCUAUACAAAAUCAAAAGUUCGCCACCAUAUCGAAUAGACCGACAUCACCAUCACCCGAAUUUACUGCACAGCAACCAAAAAUUACCCAGACAAUAGUUGCAGGAGAAUGUUGUACUGAAUGUUGUCCUGUUGCGGCGGCAGAAGCUGCUGCCACAUCGAUUCGAGAAGCGGCGGCAUCGGAACAAACGAACGUCAUUCAAUAA